UUGUUGAUUGACUGCGUGUUGGUCCCUGCAGUCCGAACGCGCCUAAUAAACAAAUCGAAUAAACAGUGAAUAUCGUUACGCGUCUUACGUGGAAAAUAUUUUACUGCAAUUGGUCGCGUAACGUAUCUAUGUAUGUAUAGUUGUGAAAGUUCCACUCUGUUCCGUCGCGUCGACUGUGUUAGUAAGCAUGGCCGCGGAGACUACCGAUGUAGUAGUGCCAAUGUCGCCUUCGGAAAAGUCAUUGUCCGGUAGUUUAGUUUCCGAAGAAAAUGAAAAAAGUGUUUCUCGUUCGCCAUCCACAUAUUCUAUCAGAGAAGAUAGAUGGCCCGACUUAGUCGUGUCUAGGCCGAGGAAAUUGGAUGCCUGGUGGUUGCCGAGACGUAAGUAUGCGACAGUGAUUUCUAUGCGUCAGGAAGCCCAAGCAAAUUUAAAAGGUUGGCCUCCGGGCGAACAUCGUCACGGAGUCAUGAUUGAACAGGACAUGGCUGGUGCACAGGACACCAUAUACCUGUGCAAUUUUCGGGUCUCCGUUGAUGGGGAAUGGCUUUGCCUGAAGGAGCUUCAGGAUGUCGAGUUUUCCAUGCAGGAUUCAAUGCAACGAUCCCCAUCACCUCCACUAGCUAUCAGUGGUACAAGACAUCGUCAAUAUCAUCCUGAUCCAUCAGAGCUUUGCGAUAUUCUUCCGCCAAGUCCACCGCAAAUGCAACAUGUCUUCAGCUUGUCACGAGACCCGGUGAUAAUCGAGAGGAGCAACCUCGUUAAUAUCUCGAAACUAAUCGUCAAGGAACUUAUCGAAACAUCCUUAAAAUAUGGAAGAAUGCUUGACUCCGAUCACAUGCCUCUUCAGCACUUUUUCAUUGUUUUAGAACAUGUUCUCAGACAUGGUCUUCGACCAAAAAAGGGUCUUCUUGGACCGAAGAAGGAACUCUGGGAUAUUCUCCAACUGGUUGAGAAAUAUUCCCCUGAAGCACAAGACAUGACUUCUAGUAUUCGUGAUCUCCCCACAGUUAGGACGGCAUUAGGAAGAUCUCGUGCUUGGCUGAGAAUGGCACUGAUGCAAAAGAAGCUAGCUGACUAUUUGAAAGUCCUGAUCGAUCACAAAGAUGACCUUCUGUCAGAGUACUUUGAGCCAGACGCUUUGAUGUUGAGCGAGGAAGCUAUAGUCAUAAUGGGUUUGCUGGUCGGACUCAACGUUAUUGACUGCAACUUCUGCGUCAAGGAGGAAGACCUCGACUGUCAGCAAGGCGUCAUCGACUUCUCUCUCUACCUUCGAAACAGUAAUCACAUUCCUGGUGAAUUGCCUGAUGAGGAGCUGGAAAACGACAACAUGACAACGGUCCUAGAUCAGAAGAAUUAUAUCGAAGAACUCAAUCGGCAUCUAAAUGCGACUGUAACAAAUCUCCAAACCAAAGUUGAAUCUCUGACGACAACAAACGCCCUCAUGAAAGAAGAUCUCUCGAUUGCGAGGAAUAGUUACCUUGCUCUUCAGUACGAGAACAAACAGUUGAAAAAAGAACUUGGCAUAGAGGUCAAAGAUCCUACCGAGAAUGGAAAAGCUCCCAUAAAAAUCUCUGAAACGACCGUAGAAUUAGAAGAAGUCAGAAGUAGGCUAGAAUCCGAAAAGAAACAUCGACUUGAGUUAGAGAAGGAGGUCGAUCUUCAGAUCAGCAUUAAGUCGGAAAUGGAAGUGGCAAUGAAGCUUUUGGAAAAGGACAUUCAUGAAAAGCAAGAUACGAUUGUGUCUUUGAGAAGACAACUUGAUGACAUCAAACAGAUCAAUCUGGAAAUGUAUAAAAAACUACAGGAGUGUGAGUUCGAGUUGACACAAAAGGGAGAGAUGGUGAGCCGCCUCCAUGCAAAAACAAAUCAAAUUGGAAAGCUUUUGAACAACCUCGAUAAAUACAACAGAUUAAUGAAGGAUGGAGAAAUGCGCAGUCCUACGACUCCAAAUGGCACGAAAUCGAUUUUGAACAAAUCUAGUCCCACCUCUCCAAAAGAAUCUUUAAUAGAUAAAAUUCCCGAAUUCCGAUCGAGUAAUCAGACAAAUCGACGAAGCAUUUGUUUUUCAAGUGAAGAGCAGUCCUCGACUUCUGGUGAAAACCCGAAGGAAGAAGUUGCUCAGGGCGGCGAGAAUAAUUCAGAAACGACCGAUUACAAACGUUGCUUUCAGGAGUGCGAGAGCUCGCUUAGGCAUAAAACAGAACUGAUAGCUAAGCUGGAGGCUAAGACAUUUUCCAUGACUGAUACCAUCAACAGAAUGGAUCAAAAGUUCAAGGAGAUAGAAAAUUCCAGAACAGGAUACGAGGAAAAGGCGAGGAAUUUGGGCGCAGAAGCUGCAGCGAAGGACGCAUGGGCCAACGGAAUUGAAAGGGAGUUGAAAGUAGAGCGAGAAUGGCGAACAUCUCUUCAAGAGGCUUCCAUUUCUAACAUUGAAAAGAUCUCCCAUCUUCAUCAAGAAGUUGACCAACUGAAAUCUGUUUCCGAGAAAUAUUUGGCAUUGCAAGAGGAACAUUAUGCAUUAAGAGAAAUCUGCACGGAGCAGGAGAAGACGCUUGAAGAGUUGGGUGCACAAUUGAGCGCGGCAAAGUUGGCAGCUGUUGAGCUGCGAGAAGCCGCAGACAAUGCUCAGCAACAACCUCAGCAAGACGGAAUAGCCCCAUGGGCCAACGACCGAUUGGUCAGCCAUUGCAAAGGCUGCACCAGAGAGUUCAACAUUGCUCGUCGUAAGCACCAUUGUCGAAAUUGUGGAAAUAUUUUUUGCAGCGCCUGCAGCGACAACACGAUAGCUUUACCGAAUUCGGCAAAACCUGUCCGAGUGUGUGACGAUUGCCACAUAUCUUUGGUUGGUCGUUAUUCAAUUAUUCGCUAAUCCGAAAGUCAUCUGUAGAUACAAUAAUUUUGACAACGACUUCAACUUUAGUAAAAAAAUCGCGAAAAUUUUGCGACGACAUUCAGUCCCUGGAUUUUAGGGAUUUACGAGCCGAGCACAAAGGGUAACAAAAGAACGGGAUUUCAAUGCCGCUCAACUUGUCACACAGGCCUGAAAAGCCUUCAUAAUCGUAGAAUGAAGACGCCACUGUAAUACAUCACCAUAUUAUAAAUAGCCCAGGCAUUUCGUAUGAAAAGAGGCCUUUUUACAACUUCAACUAGGUGGAGCCCGUUUUUUUGUUACUAAGAUCGUGUUUGCGUAAAUUGACCCUUCCCACUGCAUUUUAGAGAAAAAUGUCUUGAAAACAAAAUUAAACUAAAUUUUUUGUUGAAAAAAAUUUUAAAAAAUAGAACCUUCUAUCUUGAAUAGGUGCUGACUUAUGACCCUUCAAAGUACAGUAGGUCUUAUCGGAUCGGUAUGGACCGGGUCUCCAUUUUCGAUCACGAUGGCGCAGGAACAAAUCUAACUAUACCUCCUGUUAGUGGUGUAUCCUAAAAUGUUCAGGCCCCUUAACGUUUGAUUGGCCAUUGGCGGCUAGAGGCCUUCUUAACGCUUUAACUAGGUAGAGUGCGUCUUUUUUAUAGCUAAGAUCGUGUUUGUGUAGAUUGGCCCUUCUCACUGCAUUUUAGAGCAAAAUGUCAUAACAGAAAAAUUAAACUGGACAAAAUUUUGAAGAAAAAAUAAAAAAAGUAGAACCUUCUAUCUUGAAUAGGUGCUGAGUUAUGAUCCUUCAAAGUACAGUAGGACUCUUUGGAUCGGGACGCAACCGGGUCUCCACUUUCCACCACGCAGGCGACGAGUCCAGAACCGACGAGUCCUACUUUGACCCGAUUUUUUUUCUAAAAGUGGCUUAGAAAUUUAAUUUGGAAGUUUUCAUAUGUAACAAGAGGUACUUCCCAGUAAUAAAACAAAAUAAACAAUAAUCUAUCCAAAUUAGGUUAUUAGUUAUAACCUCUUACAUUUAACAAUUUUACCCAUUUGUCGGGACAAGUAGCUCGUGUUCAGUGUUUUUGAAAAUAGCUCGUUUCUGGAUGAAGCAACGUAAAUGCUGCCAGAAGAAAAGUUGUAGAUCAUAAAAUUCUGCGUAAAUAUAAAAACGACAUGAUUGGUCUAGUUUCUAUAGGUCACAUGUUAUGACCAUGCAACCUUCGCCCUCUUCUGUCGGAAGAAUCUGUCUUCACUGACAAAUGUACUUUUGGCACUAUUUAAAAGAAAUAAUAAUAAUGAAUAUUUCGGAGAAAUACCCAGUUUUUAAUUUGUGUUGAAAAAAUUAAUGAUUUGACAAUUAUUUAAAUAAUACUCUUCUC